CCUGCGACUAAUUUGCACCUGCAUCGCCCUUCAUGCGGCGUCACCACAGAUCUCCUCAAGGCGAGGAAAACGCCGCUUAGCUAACCCCACUGCCACGCUCGCUUCGUGCCUCGCGGUGUACCACACGCUCAUGCCCUUCGCGCGUGAGCACCUGGAAUCCCACACCUUGCUUGCUUCGGAGGACAAGUUUGUCUUUUCACAUAAACCGCCUCCUUUCUCCUCCGUGCCCAACUGAAAAUUUUUCCCUCUCGUUCGUUCGUUCGUUCGUUCUCUCCACCUAGAUAACCAAAUCCAAAACGACGACGUAUUACUGCGCGCCGGACAGUCUAGGCCUCUGCAAUGAGGCUCCGACUCGCUCUGCUGUGUCUCUGCUUCGUCACUAUUCCUCGGCUCGAAUCCCCAGUCGCGGCCUCGGCCGAGUCGAACUCGGUGCUGGAGGAGGAGAUCAAUGCCGAGUCGGAAAACUCGUCGCUGGCGAGAUCUGGUAACGACAGCUUCGCCAACAUGAUUGAUCGGGCUCUCGAGCGCGAGUUCCCUGAGAACGAGCAAAAUCAAGCCGCGGACUCUGGUAGCUUCAAUAAUAGCGUUAAUGAACAGCAGGCGACUCUGGAGACUGUUGCUAGAGUUAAGUCCAAGAAAAAUGACAGCAAGGAGGAGAAGUCAUUUCAAUUUCAUGAUGUUUUCCAUCUGGAGAAUGAGAAUGGAGCAGAAGAUAUGCCUACACUAAUAGAUCGGAAGGAUAAUGUUUUUAUUAUUUCCAAUCUCAAGUCAAAGUAUCCUGUGCUGCAAGUGGACUUGAGACUGAUAUCAGAUCUGGUAGUUGUCAUUGUCUCUGCAACAUGUGGUGGCAUUGCCUUCGCCUGUGCUGGACAACCUGUCAUUACUGGAUACUUACUAGCAGGAUCUGCCAUUGGACCUGGAGGCUUGAGUUUUGUCAGUGAAAUGGUCCAAGUUGAGACAGUGGCUCAGUUUGGAGUGAUAUUUCUUCUUUUUGCAUUGGGCCUGGAAUUCUCAGCUGCUAAGCUUCGGGUUGUUCGAGCAGUGGCUGUUUUGGGAGGUUUACUGCAGACUUUCCUAUUUAUGUGCUUGUGUGGAAUAACAGCCUCGUUAUGUGGUGGAAGACCUUCUGAAGGGGUAUUUGUUGGUGCAUUUCUUUCUAUGUCUUCGACAGCAGUGGUUUUGAAAUUCUUGAUGGAAAGAAAUAGUAUUAAUGCUCUUCAUGGUCAAGUCACAGUUGGCACUCUUAUAAUGCAGGACUGUGCUGUGGGUUUGCUAUUUGCUCUGCUUCCAGUUCUUGGUGGCACUUCUGGUAUUCUUCAAGGAGUAAUAUCCAUGACCAAAUCGUUGGUGAUCUUGCUUACAUUUUUGGCCACAUUAUCAAUAUUAUCACGUUCUUGUGUACCAUGGUUCCUUAAGCUUAUGAUAAGCCUAUCUUCUCAGACUAAUGAACUCUAUCAAUUGGCAGCUGUGGCAUUCUGCUUACUUGUCGCUUGGUGUAGUGAUAAGCUGGGUUUAAGUCUUGAACUGGGUUCCUUUGCGGCAGGAGUGAUGAUAUCAACAACUGAUCUUGGUCAACAUACACUUGAACAGGUUGAGCCCAUUCGCAAUAUGUUUGCCGCUCUUUUUCUCGCUAGCAUUGGGAUGUUAAUAGAUGUUCAUUUCCUUUGGAAUCAUGUUGAUAUUUUAUUAGCAGCUGUUACAUUGGUAAUCAUCGUAAAAACUGUAGUGGUUGCUACUGUUGUCAAGGGAUUUGGAUACAACAACAAGACUUCCCUUCUUGUUGGAAUGUCUUUGGCACAAAUCGGAGAAUUUGCUUUUGUUUUACUAAGUCGCGCUUCUAAUCUUCAUCUGGUAGAGGGUAAACUGUAUGUGUUACUUCUAGGCACAACAGCUCUUAGUCUGGUCACUACACCAUUGCUGUUCAAGAUGAUUCCUGCUGUUGUUCAUCUUGGGGUGUUGUUGCGGUGGCUCUCCCCUGAUAGCCUAAGUGAGAUUGGCUUCAAAGGAGAUAGCUUUCGCUCAGAUGGUGCUAAGCGUAUUGCUUUCUUGGUCCAAGAAUCUCAUCAUUUAUGAUGUUAAAAAAAAACAAUGACCAGGAAAUCGCACUAUUCAGCCUUUGGAGUUAUACUCUGAAGGACGGUAUUUCAGAGUGCAAAGGAGGUCGACUGACUGAAAUUGUGUAUAUAGCAAAGCUCCCCGACUGUUGCCUACUUUCCAUUCAUCUUACUGAAGGAGCAAGAGUGAAUCAUAUAAAUACUAAUUGAGACCAAGAAAAAAAAACAGCACGGUAACUUCUCUUGUAAAAUAGUGCUCAUUUUGUAAUGUAAAUUAUCUGCUUUCCCCCUUCGUCCCUUCCUGAGGUCGAAAAUUUUUGUUUUGUUUUCGCUGACCUUUCUUGCUUUUGUUUCCUCUAGUAGAUCAGUGUUGUUUCCAAUCUAUAAUGUAUCAUGGAUUCUUCCUUUGCAAUAGAACCACAAUUUUCUUUUUCUCUGUGUAAGGCUUAUGUUUUGUUGUUUCAAUAAUUUGUUUGGCAAAUGUAUAUACACUGUGAUUUCUUAAGGAAACAGAGAGAUGACCUCAUAGAAAUUACAGACAUGUUUAUAUUUCU